GGCGUUGUAUCCAUCCAGGGGGACCGGCUGCUGGCAUUCUCUCCUGCAACUCCAGUCGCCAGAGAGGCAUCAUGGGCUUCGGGAAGUCCUCUCCCUUCUUGGCUCUCAGCAUCUUGGUCCUGUGCCAGGCAGGCGGCCUCCAGGCAACACCGCUCAGGUGGGCCUUGGAGAGCCUCCCAGACUCUGAAUAUGCUGCACUCAAUGAGAAGGAAGGACACCUCCUGGCUUCACUGGUGAAGGCCUAUGCACAGAGGAACACUAACGAGCUGGACCAGCCUGAGGAGCAGGAGACGGAGGCAGAGGACUCCAGUGUCACUCACCAGAAGAGAUCCUGCAAUCUUCCCACCUGUGCGAUCCAUCGGCUGGAAGACUUUCUUUACAGACAUAUGGGAAUACUUAAGGAAGGCUUUGUGCCCACUAAUGUGGGCCCCAAGUCCUAUGGCCGUCGCCGUAGGGAACUUCAUGCCUGAGCUGCUAGAGGACUCCAGCAAGAAGGUUACAAUGAAGCUGAACUCACCACUUCUAUUAAUUUCUGUUGACAACAGCUUGGUGAGAAGACCCCAGGGAAGAUAUACAUGUUUGCAUCCAAAUAGAUUAAAAAAAAAAAGCCCCUUUUUCACUCAAAAGGAAUGAAAUUAAAUGCAAAAUAAACAAAUCCCA